AUGAGAGGAUACCGAACCAUCAAGUACACUUUAUUCAUCUUCUGCUACUUCUUCUGGGUUGUGAGCGCCGUCCUCACAGCAGUGGGGAUCUAUGCAAAGAUCGCCAAGGAGAAAGAUGUGGUCGACACCCUGACAUUGGAUCCAGCUCUGCUGUUGAUCAUCGUCGGCUCCGUGAUGUUUCUCAUCACGUUCCUCGGCUGUUUCGGGGCGCUACGUAACGCCACCUGCCUGCUGAAGACGUUUCUGGGGAUCCUGACGGCCAUCCUCCUCCUGCAGAUCGCUGCUGGAGUUGUGGGAUAUCUCUUCACUGACAAGGUGAUGGAGAGGACGGAGAAGCUGAUGACGAAGGCCAUUGUCCUCUACAGGGAGGACCAGGACCUGGAGAACGCCAUCGACUUCAUCCAGAAGAAGUUUCAGUGCUGUGGAGUGGAGAGCUACAAGGACUGGUCCCACAACGUCUACUUCAAGUGUUCAGACACCAACCCCAGCCUGGAGGCCUGUGGAGUUCCCUUCUCCUGCUGUGUGCAACUACAGAACCAGACGGUGCUGAACACCAUGUGUGGUUACGGGAUGCAGCAGCUGGAGGAGCGUUCGGCCCGUCAGGACGUCUUCACCAUCGGCUGCCUGGAGAAAAUCGCCUCAUGGGCCAAAAACAACCUGCUGCUGGUCGCCGGGCUGACCGCCGGCCUGCUGCUGCUCGAGGUCUGUAUGAUCAGUCUGGCUGCUGCUCAGAUCUCCAGGAUCAACAAAGUCCAACAACAGAGGAAAGAAAUCUCACACAGAGGCACUUCAGAAAGAAAGGACAGCUACUGGUAUCCUCCGUUUGCAGAUUUUGAUGACGAAUAAAAUCAACUUGUGAGAGCUGUGAAGAAACAGCCGACUGUUCACACUGUGAACUUAACACUCGUGUAUCUGAGGCUCUCACAGUGAACAGGCGCUGAACUACCUCAUUAAUACAUCAUGUUUGUGUUGAAGUGAUUUUAAAAGAAAGUCGGUGUUCAUCGUGAACACUGAACAGAGCUUCAGCUUCAUGAUCAGUGACUGAACACAAUGUGAAAAGAUUUAUUUUUAAGAAAACUUCACUUUUUCUUUUUUAAUAGUCUGUCUUUUAUUUACUCUUGUUAGUCUGGGGGUUUUACUUGUCAAAUUAAAUUGUUAGUUUAUUAGUUUAUUAGUAUUAGUAUUAGUUAGUUAGAUGUUGUCAAAUUGAUGUAUUAAAUCAGACGAGUUGCUCUUUAAAUAAUAAAGACCAGAAUACAACCAAUAAACACUCUCCAGAAACAGAAUUAAUACAAAUCUCUAUAAAUAUUCAUGAUGUUUCUUCCCUGUUUUGUAAAUCUGCCCUCACAUCAGUACAGUGAUCUGCUGCUGCCCCCUGCAGGCUGCACAGUGAACUACAUCAGACAACAACACACCUCACAGGUACAGGUGACAUCCUGUUGUCCUGUUAACUUCAGUGUUAACACCACAGUGUACAAAUUAUCUGUUACAAGUGCUUUAAAACGUACUUUAGUAAAGUAUGACAGUAAAAGCAUCAAAAUAAACUUAAGUAAGAAAAUUUUAAGAACUAAUUUUGCAGAAUUGACCAAUUCAGAAUAAUGUAUCCUAAUUAUUGAUGCAUUAAUUUGUGCAUCACCUGUAUAAUUGUUAUAUUCUACACAUUGAUAAUAACUGUCAUAUUGAAGUAACUGAAGCUGCUGUAAUGGAGAAAAAUGUACAAAGUCAGGAGGAUAAGGAAAUACUUCAGUAAGUGUUCAAACAGAAUUGUGGUGUUACUGUUAACACUUGGCCUGCCCGGGUCCCCAAGUCUAUUUAGUCCCAGCCUCUUUAUUCAGUGUGUUCAACUAAAAACUCUUUUACAUCGUUAUCAUUUUGAAGCUGAACAUGACGACAGCCUGAGGAUUUCCAUAAUCGUCCUUGAGGAGAGAAACUGUUAGCAUGUGAAGUCAGGAGACCCCCAGUAAGCCUGAUAAUCUCUGUUGUUCCUCCCUCACUCCAUAAAUCUUCAUUGUGACUUUAAUCUGUGGUGGAGGAUUAUCACCUGAAGCACCUGUGGCUGCGUGCAGCCGCAGGGAUUCAGUCCCGUGCGCCCUCACGCUCGCUUUAUUGGAUUAAUGACGGCAGCUCUGGUGAGUGUGUUAAUAAUAGCAGCAGGAGCAAAGUGACGCCUCCAUCGUGUUUCCUCUGCUGUUACUGACGGAGCAGUGGCCACACAUCAUGUCUGCUUCUCUGUUUGUUCACAGCUUAAAGUCAUCAACUACAGAGUUAAUCUGCCAUCUUGACAGAACUGCUUCUUCCUUCACACUAACCUGAGCUCAACACAUCCUCACUCGUCUGCUGAACACUGAUCCUCUCA